CGCAGUCUUCUUGGAUUAGCAGCGCUGUGUGGAUGGUUGCGGUCAGUCUUCUGUGAAUAAAAGUGCGACAAAAACGAGCUGAAAUUUUAGAUUGGAUAAUAGUUAUAAUUGUAAUUCAUUGCCUAUACGGUGGACUAGCCGUGGAGAAUCCUUAGAUAUAUUGCGUUUUGCUUGGAUAUCAAUCGGUGUGCAUUUCGUAGUGAACCUUGAAGAUGAAACAGCUGGAGGAAUCGCCAGCUCUGUGCCGUUCGGAGGGAAGCCUUUUCUGGUGGAUUUUGUCCACAGUAUGGCUACCGUUCACCCUGCCUCAUCUGAUAUUCAAAAUCAUAGGCAUAAUAAGGGAGCGACGAUACCGCGAGUGUCUGCCGGGAAAGGUAGUGCUAAUCACUGGCGCCAGUUCGGGACUGGGUGAAGCUCUGGCUCAUACGUUCUUCCUAGCGGGCUGCAAAGUCGUCCUAGCUGCCAGACGGAAAGACGAAUUGGAGCGGGUUCGGAAGGAUUUGCUGGCCCUCCACACGACCGUUGUUACGCACUCUCCUGUGGUGAUUCCGUUGGAUCUAUCGGACAUCAACUCGCUCCAAAAUAAGGCCCAAGAAGUUUUGGAAAUCCAUGGACAAAUAGACAUUCUCAUCAAUAACGGCGGCAUAAGCGUCAGGUCGGACUGCCUGUCCACCGCGCUGGACGUCGACAUCAAGGUGAUGCUGGUCAAUUAUUUCGGCACGGUGGCCCUCUCAAAGGCCUGCCUCCCGUCGAUGAUCAAACGCAAACAGGGCAGAAUCGUGUGCAUUUCAAGCGUCCAGGGAAAGUUCAGCAUUCCCCAUCGGUCUGCCUACGGCGCUUCAAAACAUGCUCUGCAAGCUUUUUGCGACAGUCUUCGUGCAGAAAUGGCCGAACACAACGUAAAAGUGACGUUGGUCUCACCCGGAUACAUAAGCACUGCGUUAUCUCUCAAUGCACUCACCGGAACGGGGAAUCAGUAUGGAAAAAAUGACGCCGCAACUGCAACCGGCGCUUCACCGGAAAAGGUAGCUAAGCUAAUACUGAAAGCUGUUCUACGCGACGAGGAUGACAUCACGAUCGCCCCCAUCGCUCCACGAGUAGCAUACUGGAUCCGCCAUUUGUGUCCACCGUUAUAUUUUUGGAUAAUGGCAAGACGGGCACAGAAGAUUGAUUCAACCGCCAACAAAGACGAUUGAUCAUGCAGAGCAUGAUGAUGAUAAAGGUAGGUGGGUAAAUUUAAACCAAAGAUUGUUGGUUUCUUUCUGUGAUGGCUUCACGUGACUAUGAGGAUUCUCGAUCCUCCAAAUACAAAAUACUCGUUAUCUA